AUGACCCCCGCUCGAUCAAAUGUCGCCUUUUCGAGUCUACCACGUCAUCGAUGUAUACACAUUCGGGCUACUACGACGGCGCUGAGCAGCCAGGCAUGGCAGGAGAGGCGCCAUGCCUUGUCAACAGCAGCGCCCGCGAAGAAGACAGGCCACAGUAUCGCAGCAGCACCUCCGCCACCCAGCAAGACCAACAAGACGAGAGUACCCAUGAAGACGAACCCUGCACAACCCCUGCACCCAGUGCGACACUCUCCGUCUUCCUCUCUUCCACCCGCGCCAUUGCCUGCAUCGAGGAGCACCGUCGCUCCGACCCUGCGAGCAAAGGAGAGGCUCAACCCUCCAGCUUUUACCUAUGCCCCUGAAAUCUCCGUCCCCGCACGAAAAGUAGACCAGAAUUUUGUCAAAUGGCUAUGGAGUGCCGGCCGCGCAUAUCUCACCUUCUACAAGACGGGUAUAUCGCACGUCCGACAAACAGCAAAAUUUGCCAAGACGUUGCGCAAAAAGGCCGCGCAGACACCAAACAAAACCAUGAGCGAAGUUUUGAGCAGAGCAGAAUGGCACGUGGUAAGGAGAAGCCGGGUUGAUGUCCUGAGGUUGCCUGGAUUCGGAUUGCUGGUGCUGCUAAUGGGAGAGUGGUUGCCCGUCGUCGUCAUGUACCUCACGCCUCUGAUUCCGGAGGCAUGCAGAAUUCCCCAACAAGUCGAGCGUGCGAUACGGAAGCGAGAGGACAAGCGACAGGAUCGGUUGCGCAAGAUUAGCCUCGAUACGAUGCGCCUAUUGAGCAAAGACCGCCCGUCUUUGGCUACUGAAUCAUCUUCCACUCCAGCCGUCAAGGGUCAGGUGGUGUCAAAUCGCAAAGCAUGGCAGGACAUGACGCUUUUCGAGCUCUGCAUCACUGCCGCGAAGCUUGAUUGCUAUCCCGCGCUGUUCGACUGGGUACCAUUGACACCACCAAAGUGGCUUGUGCAGAGGAACGUGAGGAAGAAGAUGGAGUACCUGGAAACAGAUCGCGCAUUGAUUGAAAGAGACGGAGGGCUGGCAGCUCUGGGCAUAGAGGAGAUCAAGAGAGCGUGUGUGGAUAGGGGGUUGCCAGUGCUAGGAAAGAGAGAAGGCGAGCUGAGGAAAGCGUUGGCUAUACAUUGGGGAGAGGACAAGGCUUGAACACGAUGAAAGAGAGACAGACCCACUGGUUGGUAUACGAUUGUGAAAAUCUUUCUCUCUUUUCGAGGACGAAUAGGUGGCUAGACAAGACUGUCCAGGAUUAAAACUUUGUACACAGGGAGAGAUACCCCAAAUAUUACGCUUU